CGCCCUUUGCCCUGUUCGCCGGCGAGCUCCCUCAGAGCUGCUCGAGCAGGCGGUGCGGCGAGCGGCGCCGGCCCCGUGCGGACGGCGGGGUGGGGCCUGCGCGGAGAGGGCGCCUGCCCAGGCCUCCGGCCGAGCGCCAUCUGCCACUCUGGGCGACUCCCGCGGCCCGCGCUGGGGCGGGGACGAACAGCAGCAGCAGCAGCAGCAGCAGCAGGAACUGGACCGGAAGGAACGGGAGGCACAGAUGCUGCGAGAGGGGGGGCGGAAGGCCGAAGAGGUGAGGGGGAGGGAGGGGGAGGAGGCCAGAGCACGCUGAGCACAACGGCGAGAGAGAUGCCUCCGCUGCAGGCGUCCAUGCCACAGGGCCGCCACCUGGUGUGGAAAAGCGGAGCACCGAAUCGCGCCGCCAGCAGGGCGCGAGGAUUAGAAAAUGUGGCUGAAUGAAAGACCCUGGGGAACGACUGCUGCUGGCAGCAGCUGUUGCAGGACGCUGAGCCUAGAUCGGCGAAUGUGUGGUCUGACAGCCCCUGCCUACUGCGCCCCCCGAUGCUCGAAAAGCCUCCGCGAGCCACGCCUUGUUGAACCACCAUGGAUCGUCGCCGGAGGAGGGACCCAUGAGAAGUCGCUUGCAAAGAUCAGCCAAGUCCAAUUUUUGCCAAAACAGAUCAGCCUCUCCGUCCGUCCACAUCCCCACGGGUCAGUGACGCAGAUCAUUCGCGCACCACGCGCAAAGCAAUGCCUCCAAACCGAGGCAGAUACGCAUGAUCGCGCUGCACAUCUGUGUUACUGGCUUAGCCUGUAACAGGGCUUGGCGACUUGUCUUGUGAAGCCACCAAACCGUCACAGCCCUGAAGUCAAAUUACACUCAGCCAAAUACCUCACGCAAGCGGUUUUAAGACGGGUCGGUCCCACAGGAGGGUCCGAGAGGUUUAAGAUUCCUCGUCUAUACCAAGCAUUCUACACUGGAACGAGGGGCGCUGAACCUCACAAAAACUGGCAACCUGCAGGUCCAUCCUGGCCCGUGCUCCCGACCGCGACCGGGUGUGGCCACGCGGGGGAUCCCGGGCGCCCUCCGAAACGAGAGAGGAGGUGCAGCAACAGCAGGAAAAGCACGGCUCGCCUCGGGCCCGAGGCGGGAGCCGAGAUGGCCGUGCCAGCUCGGGCUCAGCAGGGCGCCUUGCAGAGCGCCUCGGCCUUAUGGCGAGCGCUGGCCCUUGACCAACCGCCGAAGGAAACUGGCAAGCCAGACACACUGAGGCGAGGGGGGUCCGUGAGCGACGACGACGACGACGAAAGCUGAUACUUCGAAUACGACUACGACGCGGCUGUGAGGAAGUGGUCCGGUGAGAGCUUCAGCGUGAAGAAAUUAGUAACAUGCCAUAGCGAGCAGGCCCUUGCACGCGGUGAUUCCGACAGUGGCUCUGGUGAGAGUUCCAGACGCCACAUGUUCUGCGAGGACCCUGUCAAGCUGGUUGACGUCGUGACAAGAACAUUUUGGAGCGUCAGCCUGGACGGCAAUCCUGAAAUGGCGCCGUCACCAUGGCACCAGAGAAGGGAGCAUGGGGUACCGUGACAGCCGAGCUGUUCAGAGAAAGACUAGGACAGGAAUCCCCGGUAAGUUUGACCGUGGCAGGCGACCGCCUUUACAAUCCAGAACCUUCACGCGACAAAUACUCACAAUCCACUGCAACCCCCGAUCACAAAGCUGGAAUGGAAGGUGAUACUGCCGUUAAAAAUUGGCGACGCCAGCCGCUCGGAGCUGGAGAGUGGACAGAGCCUCACUGCUUGACGGCCACCGAAAGUCGGUAAAGAAGCUCUGCCCCGGAAGGCUGCGAGCUUGGCACCUCUCUGGGGCGCCCGAAAAGACGGCACCGACGAAAGCUUACUGCAUACCCCCCAGCGCUACGCCGCCUUGCGA